AUGGUUACCGAGAAUCCUGUCAGUCCCACCGAGACUCUCCCUAGAUACGAGCCUGGAAACGAGAGCGAUGUCAGCGGAACAGGAGCACUUGCGAAAUUACUGCCGGAAAAGUGCUCAACAGCUACUGCCGGUAUUCUACACACGUUCGUGUGGACUGAAAACAGCUUCGCGAUCACGAAUGUCAUACUUGCUUCUCUUGGUCCACUCAAGUAUCAUCUAUCCUUUCGUGAUGCCUUCCUAUGUGGCUUUGCUGGUUUGACAAUGGGAUCUUUCUCCGUGGCGUUCAUCUCCACCUUUGCUCCCAAACACAGGCGACGAGCCCUCAACGGCCAUGUAGUAGGCAGAGUACCUGCUAGAAUUCUGGCUUCCCUCAACUGCGCCACAACCCUCGGCGUCCUGAUCGUCGAGCUCAUAGCGGCUGGCCAGAUUUUGUCUGCCAUUGUAGCUCUGGCAGUGUUUCCGACUUCUAUCGCGAUUGUGACGUCCGCUUGUAUCACCGGAGUUGUGUUGAUACUCGGCGUCAAAAAGACAUACCCCAAGUAUGCACUCUGCGCGCAGAUCGUGGCUGUCUUCAUCCUUAGUAGCGUGGCAACAUCUCAACCUGUACAUCCAACAACGGCAGUAUCACUUUCUUUGGUGGGAGCAAAGGAUGAGCUCUCACUUGGUCACCGGAUCUCUUUCUUCAAUCUCUGCCUGGCGAGAGCCAUACUUUACUCACCUUUCGCAACAUCAAUCGGCAAGUACGAUGGGAAGAGCAACAGGAGUGAUCUCAUCUUUCUGCAGACUCUGAUCGGCAUGUUGUUAAGCUUUGCUUUCACCUUCGUCGUCGGUGCUGGCCUGGGUGCAAAAGCGGAUACGAUAGCAACAUGGCGGCAGGCCUACGAAGGAUCGAUAGGUACGCUCAUCGCAGAGGUAUUACAUCCAACGGGCAUGAUGCUCAAGAUCUCCUGUGGUAUAGUGCUGGUGCUUGGUGUCAUGAUAAACAUGAUAAGGUCAAUGUACAGCAUGCUCGCCGACUUGUACGAUCUUUCUUCUCGCCUUGAAUCCGUACCGAUGCCCAUAUAUCCAACGAUGAUCAUGCCGAUAUGUGUCAUGUUCGCUGUACUGGGUCGCAAUCAUCUGGCGGAUAUCAUGAUAUCGGUAUACUCGAUCACUGGAUAUCUUACCAGUAUCUGGUUCGGCGUCCUCCUCACCGAAUACGUCCUGUUCAACAAAUGGAUGGGUUACAACAACAAGUGGCUACUAAAAGAGGACGAGCGACAGUUUCCUCUCGGUUUUGCGUCUUCGGCAACGUUUCUACUGAGCUGUACCGUUGUCGUGCUGUGUAUGACACAGACAUGGUACAUCGGUCCGAUAGGCUUCUUCUUCAAGAGUUCUGGACUAGACCUCGCGAUCUUGGUCGGAUUCACAGCCUCUGUCAUCUUUUAUCUGAUUCUCCGUUAUGUCGAGUUGAGGUUCAUAGAACGACAUCGUUCCAGUGUCGCUGAGGGUUCCAGCUGA